AUGCCUCCAGUCCGCACGUCCAACACCAAUCACCGGAUAACCAAGGCCUGCUACCGCUGCCGGCACCGCAAGACCAAAUGUGACCUGCGCUUCCCCACCUGCGGCACCUGCCAGCGCGCCAACGUGCCCUGUGUCGGCUACGACGCCGUCGAGGGCCGCGAGCGCCCGCGCAGUGACGUCGCCUAUCUCGAGGACAAAGUCGCCCAGCUGGAGAUUGAGCUGCAACGUCUUCGCUCCGAGCAGUCCGUUGACUCUUCCAAGCUUAUCGAUACCGCCAUUUCCACCCUGACCCGGUCGCUGGCCAAGACUAUCGGCGAUCCUCAGCACCAAGCUCACCGAAAUCUCUCGCACUCCUCGCGAACUUCUUCUCUGGCUCGCCAUCCCCUUAUAUCGCUCCAUUCGCCCGUCUUCCUUUCGCAGUCUCCGGUACCCCCUUUGCAACUGGAAGAUGAUCCGGACCAGCCGCAGCCAGAGAACACGCGAUGCAGCACCAUUUCUCUCAUCCCCCGCCAUGUCAUUGACAUCAUGCUGAAGAACUAUACCGAGAUCUACCUUCCGCAAGCUCCUUACAUCGAGGAGUCUCAGCUACAUGCUUCGUGCGAAAGAGUGUUCGCUCAGGAUGGCGGAGCUGCUUCUCAUUUUGACAUCUUCCUCGUUGCCAUUUGCCUGGCCGUCAGCGCCACAACGCUGAUCAGGCAUGAUGAAGAGAGAGCCACGGCUGCUGCUGAGGAGUUUUGGAAUACAGCCAAGAGCCAGCUAGUCUAUCUCAAUGAUGAGCAACCUUGGCAGCGCCUCCGCGCUCUCCUGAUGCUGACCCAUUACGGCUUUGUGAACCCACGCGCUGUCAACUUAGUAAACACGAUCGGUGCCGCCCUUCGCUUAGCUGUCCAACUAGGUCUCUACCAGGAGCUACCCGUCCGGGAACAGGCAAAGCUUGACUGGACAACUAUCGACAUCCGCCGCAAACUAUUCUGGGCAACGUAUAGCGUCGAUGCUGCCUGCCAUUUUGUCCUUCACCGAGCUUUCAUCUUCCCGCGCAGCGCUAUCACAGCAAAAAGUCAAUAUUCAGCCCUCAAGAUCCAUCUGGAGCAGAACAAUUGCCUGUUACGCACAUCUGGCCCCUACGUCAAUAUGAGGCUGAGUGGGAAUCUCCAAGCCCUUGGGCAGAUGGACCUCAGCGCUGAGGCCGUUCUUCGUCAUACUAUGGUGCCUACAGAGGAGAUUCCGCAGCAACAGCCAGACGUGCCACCGGUGGACUCUAUUACACAACUCCUUUCCGCUGCUACCACUCCGGCCCCUCAGCGCGUGACACUUGAUUUAUUUCAGGAUGAUCAGCUACCGCCGAUAUUGGAUGGCAUCAGCAUGGCCGAGAUGCCGAAUAUUCAAACCCCCAAUGACACCUCGUGGAACUUGGAGCUGUUCUGGAAUCAGUCACCCAACGGGCUCGCUCCAAGCCUGAAGAGUGACGAACUCAGUUGGGACUUCCCGGGUGUAGAUCUGGACCAGAUAUUUGCUGCCUUCAAGGAUGGCCAGAGCUUGUAG